CUACAUUACCCAGCAUCCACAAGGCGAAACGCAAUGUUGACGUGUAUUUUGUUGGUACGAGUCCUUACUGAGUCCAUAUGGUACUAGCUAGUACGUUGUCAAAGCCGGGUUUGGGGAAUUUUAACCUGUGGGUGACUUCGCAAUUGUGCGACGAUGUCCGGAGAAAUGUCUAUGAUUGGUUCGGUGAUCCUGGCCCUGUUCCUAGCGGGCUAUCUGGGCCAGCAGUACUUGCCGCCCCCAAAACCGAAAGUGAUCGGCCUGGAUCUGGGCACCACCUUUUGCUCGGUCGGCGUCUUCCAUCCGGGCAGCGGGGAGGUGGAAGUGAUCGCAGAUGAAGAGGGCAGGAAGAGCAUCCCCAGCGCCGUCUCAUUCACCACCACUGGGGUGCUGGCUGGACACGAAGCCGUGGACCUGGCCGACAGCAACCCUCAAAACACCGUCUACGAUGCCAAGAGGUUCAUCGGGAAGAUAUUCGAGCCGGAGGUCCUGGAGCAGGAGAGUGCUCGGUACCCGUUUAAGGUGAUAAAUAACAAUGGAAGUGCAGAGUUUCUGAUCUCCACCAACCACACCUUCGUUGUAAGCCCAGAGUUCAUAGGCUCCAGGCUGCUGCUGAAGAUGAAGAAGAUGGCCGAGCGACACCUUGACAUGCCCAUCCAGAAAGCUGUCAUCUCGGUGCCUGCAGAGUUUGACGAGAGACAGAGGAACUACACGAUCAGGGCCGCCAACCUCGCUGGCCUGGAGAUCCUGCGUGUAAUCAAUGAGCCCACAGCAGCAGCCAUGGCCUACGGCCUGCACAAGGCGGAUGUGUUUAAUGUGCUGGUGGUGGACCUUGGGGGGGGGACCCUGGAUGUUUCUCUGCUCAACAAACAGGGAGGCAUGUUCCUCACCAGAGCCAUGGCAGGGAACAACAAGCUGGGGGGUCAAGACUUUAGCCAGAGGUUGCUCCAGUACACCAUGGAGCGAGCGCAACAGGAGUUUGGCGUCCCACCAACUCAUAAAGAGGACAUCCACCAUCUCCGACAGGCUGUGGAAGCCGCCAAGCUCAACCUCACCCUCCAACCCAGCGUCACCAUCAGGGUGCCAUUGCACCUUCACACCCAUGGCAGCUCCGCGUCACCCGAAGGCUUGGCACCGGUUCCGCUUCUCUUCCAGGCUGUGAUCACUCGUGAGCUGUUUGAGGAGAUCAACAAGGACCUUUUCCAGAAGAUCCUUGCUCCCAUUGAGACGGUGUUAGCUGAGGGCCACCUAGCGAAAGAGGACGUGGAUGAGAUUGUGCUGGUCGGAGGGUCUACCAGGAUCCCGAGGAUCAGGAGACUGGUCAGGGAGUACUUUGGGAAGGAGCCCAACACAUCAGUAGACCCUGACCUGGCUGUGGUCACAGGUGUGGCCAUUCAGGCUGGCAUCAUGGGCGGCUCCUGGCCUUUACAAGUGAGCGCUAUAGAAAUCCCUAACAGACACUUGCGAAAGACGAACUUCAGCUAAUCUUUAUCAAGGUUAUUUAUUAAGAUAAAAAGUGAUGCCUCAAAGACUGUCUUACCGUUUCAUGCUUCUCUAAUGUGCAACAUUUACAAUCUGCUGAAGU